AUGGCCGAGACGCAGCAGGACGAACCUGCCCGACGCUCCUCCAUUGAGAAACAGCCUGUCAUGGUCCCCGUGCAGGACCCAGAGCCCUCGGCUUUGGACAGACUGCCAGACGAGAUCAUCCAACAGUAUGCGCGCCCCGAUCAUGUGCUGCCUAUGUCACAGACCGUUAUGUUCCUCGUCUCUGUCUCUGCAAUGCUGACCUUUGCGAACUGCAGAAUUCUCCUGCUGGCCGACCCCGAUACUUUUGCAUCUCUCAUCCUGCUUAAUUCCAGGUGGCGGCACGCAUCCCAGGAAGCCCACCUGUUCGCACACCAGCUGUCGCAGUCCCCCUCGUACGCGGCGAGUCACAAAGGCACCUCGAAGCCCAUCACAGAAGAUGAUCUGCCCAGGCUACGGCGGCUGUUCGCUUGCGAGGUCAAGAGAAACCUCUUUGGAGCCUACCUGCGUCCGAAUAAAACCAUCAUAAAGCUCAUCUCCAACUCUAUCAGCUCCUCAUCGUGCCCCGGCGGAGAAGGCAUCCAGUUCACCCCUUCGCCGCGGGGCCACCAUCUGCUGGGCUACAACUCGUCCAGGAUAUAUGUCAUUGACGUUCGGGGGGCCGACAUUGUGGUGCAAAGGGAACUCAAGAUAUUGAGGCGUCCUGCUGCGACUUGCAUCACCGAUAGCGGGAGCUUCCUUGCCGUCCUCCUCACUGAGAUGCAAGUGGAUCUUUACGAUCUGAGCUCUUCGCCACCCAAGAGAACGCAGUCCAUCAUCCUCGACCACUCUCCGCGCGCCAUCGCCCUGUCCCCAUGUGGCGGCGUACUGGCCGCUGCGUACGAGGGCGGAAUCGAGGUCUCCUCCCUCAAGUCCAGCGCCCUCCCCACCGACAGGAGAGCCGUCAAGUGCGACGCCGUCGAUUCUCUGGCCUUCUCCUUUGACGGCACACAGAUCCUCGGCACGACAACACACUCUUCGCAACCGAGCACCGUCAUCAUCACGGCGCCGUAUUACGACCCAGGCGCCGCAAUGAUGGACGAAGACCCGAGUGCCCUCUGGACCACUUCGAUCCUCUUUCCAAAUUCCAGCCGAGACUGCAGUCACGCCGUUUUGAUACAGAACUCGACCCGUGAGGAGGCCGAAUGGGCAUUCACCUACGACAGGAGUUUUGAGACCUUUCGCGCCGUCCGAAUCGAAGACCUCAGGAACGGGACUACAUACUUCACCGGACCGAUACCGAGCCUCGAAUCCCAAGCCAAAUUACUGCCCUGCACACUGCCGGCUGCCUCGUACUGCGGCGAACUAGUAUCGGCAGGCUUCCAGGGCCACGAGAUCUGGCUAUAUGGCGUUCCUGAGGAUCUUGAUGCGGUACCUGACCCUCCACCCCCGUCGAGUGACGGGAGCUCGGGCGGGCUUAGCCGCCAGAACAGCGGUGGCCCCAUGAGAACUCCAUCCCGCGGGCAGGAGCCCAGCACCGAGGCUCGCAUGCCUCAGUGGCAGGUGCUCUGUGACAAGAUGAGGAAUACUUUCGUUGCCGGCUGCAAGAUCGCCGAGCUGAAUGGCGUCAAUACCGUGAAGUGGGUUGAGGGCUUUGGCAACUCGUCUGUGAAGGAGAGGCUUCUCGUCGCGGCACGAGGCGUGCUGCCGCCGAAACCCAUCACGGAAGAGGAUGGCCUGGAUUUUGUCGACGGAGGCCGAAUUACCCUGAUCGACUUUGACUACGCUACGCAGGACGGGCAGGAGGUCGAAAUCGAGAUCGAGGUCGGGACCAAAGAACCAGAAGUUCUCGAGGAGGAAACCCGGGACAUGGAUACCGAGGUUGCCAUCGUUCGACGGAGGACCGUGGCGCAGAAACGAGGCAACCGCAGCGCAGUCGGCCGGACUGCAACGAUGGCAUCUCGGGCGCCUCCUGUUCCGCAGGUACCCCCGGUGCCUUCGGCAUCCGAAGAGGAAGACCCCCUUGUGCCAAGGCGCAUUGGCGUCCGCCCUGUGCAACGCCAAAGAACAUCAUCGCCGCCACCGAAUGAAGAGCACGAGACGGAAUCGAUCAUCGAGGAGCAAGAGGCGCUCGAUCUCCCGUAUUCCCAUGCCAGUCCCAGGUCCGGGACGACACUCCGCCGCGCUGCCACUGCCGCGGCGACUAACCGUCGACUUCACCCCACCACAGCCUCUGGUGCGCCCAUCCAGUAUCGUCGUGCUGAUGGUCGCGCAGAGCAUCCUCACGAGAGUGACGCAGACAACUGGGUUCCGCCGCCGCCUCCGUACCAGGCCGACGAUCCAGGCGAUCUACCCGCGUUCAUGCGCCACAACGUCCCAGCCGUGACUCCGGGCGAUCUGUCCCUUUCGCCCAGCCAGAGAGGCGCAGCUGGAGAGGGGCAGGCGGGCGAGUCUGUGUCAGCACACACAGACAUCCUACCUGAGAGGAGUCGUACAACUGCACCCGGCCUGCCGUCAUCACCCCCAGGUGCAACCGCGUCCGGUGUGUCACGUCAACGCUCAGUCAGCAACGAUGCGAGCAUGGCGCGGCCCAAAGCUAGCGACUUUGCCCAUUACAAUCGAAACUCUACCGCCAUGGAUGAUGAAGAAGGCAUCUAUGAUGUCUCUCCUCCCGAGUCUCCAAAACUCGCCAAUGGGGCUCCGGACGCCGCUGGCGUAAGGGAUGUAAGUGGGUCAAGUACAAAUGCUGGGCCAAGUGUCUCACCAGCAACGUCUACGCCUGCGAUCCCGCCGCAACAGGUCUCACCUGCGCAACCUCAGAUGGAGAUGGCAGCCCCUGUGCCGCCAGCGCAGCCAUCGCACGGCCCACCCUUGAACCUCAACAUCCCAACGCCUGCCUCGUCGAACAACUUCAAACCCCUACCUCUUCCGCCAGCGGACGCAUCACCGAUCGCCCGCCGCAUCUCGGUCUCCCGCACCUGGCCAACCCAGCCCAACCCGGAGCAAGCCGCCGCAUCUACGAACGCAACCGCUGGCUACCCGUACUCGGCUCCCGUCACAAACGUCACGACCGACCAGAUGAUGAUGACCCAGGCUCUCCCACCCGCACCGCGGACGGACCAGCUCGCGAGCCUUCAUCGCCACGACGGCCAGCGCCCGCCAUCCCACCGCUUCUCCGGUGUCUUCCAGCUGUCUCGGGUGCCCGUCGGCAGCCGCGACAGCGACCGGAGGUCCUCGUCCCUCGGAGGCCCGCUGCCGAUGCCGCCCACCGGCCAGGAACAGCCCCUCGCACCGCCGCACCACUCCUUCGAGCCCCGGCGGCCCAGCUCCUCCCCGCUGCCCCCCGUCGAGGAUCAACCGCUGAUCAUCAGCACUCCGACCGGCGUGUCGGGCGCCUACGACCCGCCCGGCCGCGUGCCCUCGACGCACGUGCGCCAGGAGCCGACCAUCUUCGCCCCCGUGCCGCGGCACCCGCCCCCGGCGCCCGGCGGCCGAGCCACCCCGGCGGCCGAGUUCCUGCGCCCCACCGCCGAGCGCCUGGAGACCAUCUACAGCGAGGCCGGCGCCGGAGCGGCGGCAGCGACAUACUCGCAGACCAGCGGCGCGCCCAGCGUCGUGGGCCGGCGGCCGAGCCGCGCCGAGCGCAGCGCCGCCAAGAACAUGGCCGACGCCAAGAGGCGCGGGUGGCGCCGGGCCCGGAGCGUGCGCAAGGUGCACAAGAAGAACAAGGGCGCCGCGGCGGCGGCGGCGGCGAUGCCAGACCGGGACCUGGACGCCUGGACGGACGUGACGGCGUCGUCGGGCAUGGGGGCUUAUCCUCCCGGGGCGUGGCCGCCUCAGCAGCAGCAGCAGCAGCAGCAAGGGGCUGCUGCCCAGGGCGGUCGGGCCAAGGGUAAAAGUGGGAAGUGCGUCGUGAUGUGA